GCUCGAGCUCGAGUUGGUCUUCGAUCGAGUUCUGAAUCGAUUAGUUUGUUGAGCUCCACUUAACCACUUCGAUUCGCUCCACUCCGCUCGAUCUGCCCCAAUGGGAAGCAUCAGCCGCGGCCGCAACCUCGGGCCGGGCGCCGGCGCCGGAGCACUACAGGUGCCGUGCGGACGGGUCCACCAGAUCGGCGCGCUCGCCCUCAUCGCCGCCACGUUUCUCCUCACCCGCGCCUUCGACCGUCUCUCCUGCGGCCUCUCCUAUGGCGGUCUGGCCUCCGUGGCUUCCUCCGCGGCCCUCUUCGAUCGGGCCGGCUCCCUCUUCUGGCCCGACCGGGGUUACGGCUCCCGCCUCGACCUCAAGAUCUACGUCUACGAGGAGAAGGAGAUCGAUGGCCUUCGCGAGCUGAUGCGCGGGAGGGACGGCCGGAUCUCCCCCGACGCCUGCGUCAAGGGCCAGUGGGGAACGCAAGUCAAGAUCCACCAACUGCUUCUCAAGUCAAGAUUCCGGACAAUUAACAAGCAGGAAGCCGAUUUCUUCUUUGUUCCGUCGUAUGUCAAAUGUGUGAGAAUGAUGGGUGGUUUGAACGAUAAAGAAAUCAACAAUACAUAUGUAAAGAUUCUCAGUCAAAUGCCAUAUUUUCGAUACUCGGGAGGCCGCGAUCACAUAUUUGUCUUUCCUAGUGGGGCUGGUGCUCACCUGUUUCGCUCUUGGGCAACAUUCUUGAAUAGGUCAAUAAUUCUGACUCCAGAGGGUGAUCGCACCGAUAAGCGUGACAUUAGUGCUUUUAAUACUUGGAAGGAUAUUAUCAUUCCUGGAAAUGUUGAUGACGGAAUGACCAAAUUUUAUGGUUCCAAUGUGGUCCAACCUAUUCCAUUAUCAAAGAGGCAGCACUUGGCGAACUUUUUAGGACGUGCCCAGGGUAAGGUUGGUCGCCUUCGAUUGGUGGAACUUGCUAAACAAUAUCCUGAUAAGCUGGAAUCUCCAGAGUUGCAACUCACAGGGCCUAACAAGUUGGGAAGGACUGACUACUUCAAUCACUUGAAGAAUGCUAAGUUUUGCUUAGCUCCACGUGGCGAGUCAUCAUGGACACUUCGCUUUUACGAGUCAUUCUUUGUGGAAUGUGUCCCUGUCAUCUUAUCAGAUCAAGUUGAGCUGCCUUUCCAAAAUGUGAUCGACUAUACUCAGAUAUCCAUCAAGUGGCCAUCUACUCGGAUUAGCACACAACUCUUGGAAUACCUAGAGACGAUACCAGAUGAAGUGAUUGAAGCCAUGAUAGCUCGUGGGAGACAGGUGAGAUGCCUAUGGGUAUAUGCCCCAGAAACCGAGCCAUGCUCCGCCAUGGUAGGUAUCAUGUGGGAGCUUCAAAGAAAGGUGAGGCGUUUUCACCAGUCCGGAGAAACAUUUUGGCUUCACAAUGGCUCCGUCGUUAACAGAGACCUUGUUGAGUUCCAUGAUUGGAGGCCACCUGUUCCCCUGCCUUGAUCAUCACAUAUUAGCUCUGGAGAUUUUGUUUGGAGUUGCUUCAUUUCUAUAUUUCCAUCAUUUUUGCUCGAAUAUAUGUAUAUGGACAUUUACACCAAACCUGGAACUUGUUUUAUAUGGUUCCACUCUACCAUUACUUUCACAAGAGAGUUUGUCAAACCCAUGUGGUAUUCUCUCUUUUUUGGAUGAUGUGAUCUUGAAGCUUAACUUUUGAGCAUAUUAUAUUUUUCUUGUCUCAAUAUUCAA